UUAUUAUUAUGGAAACGGCGACUCACGGAAUUUAAAAAGCAAUAAUAACCAGAGUGGCAGUGGUUUUCAUUUUUUCUUUAUUUAUUUUUUUUUUCAAUUUUCUGAGAAGACGUUGUUUUCUGUAAAUUUUCUUUUUUGGGAAGCAGAUUAUUGUAGAUCGUAUCAGGUGCUUGCUGUGAAGAAGCCUCUCUUUUACACAUAUUAUUCGCAUUCCUUCCUCUCGAUCUCUUCCUUGGAAUCCUUACUCGCAAGCACAUUGAAUUUUUUUUUUUUUUUUUUUUCUGUUGCUUCCUCGCAACACUUUGAGCUGUUUUCCUUGCUUCCAGAAAACAACAUGUAACUGUUUUCUCAAACUAUCUGUUAUUGCAUUUACAGACUGGUGGGUUUGUUUUGCAGCUUUGUAUUGAUGGCUUAAACUACUGAAUUGGGGGAAGUAAAAGUUUUAAGGAGAUGAAGGAAGAGUCAAUCGGGUUGAUCAUUGGGAUUUCGAUAGGGGUUGUGAUUGGAAUUGGUUUGGCAAUUUUUGGAUUCUUUUGCUUUAGAUACCAUAGGAAGCGAUCACAGAUAGGAAACAGCAGUUCUCGGAGAGCAGCAACUAUUCCUAUCCGUGCCAAUGGUGCUGACUCUUGUAAUGUAUUGUCCGACUCAACGAUUGGUCCUGAUUCACCUGUAAAAUCAGGAUGGAAUGGCUCAUCCCUGUGGCUUGAGGGGUUUAAGAAGAGUAAUGUAGUUUCAGUGUCUGGAAUACCCGAGUAUUCUUACAAGGAUCUGCAAAAAGCAACCUAUAAUUUUACAACAUUAAUAGGUCAAGGUGCAUUUGGUCCUGUGUACAAAGCUCAAAUGUCAACGGGUGAAACUGUUGCUGUUAAAGUGCUUGCCACUGAUUCUAAGCAAGGAGAGAAAGAAUUUCAGACCGAGGUUAUGUUAUUGGGAAGAUUGCAUCACAGGAACCUUGUGAAUUUGGUUGGGUAUUGUGCAGAAAAGGGGCAGCAUAUGCUUAUAUAUGUCUACAUGAGCCAAGGCAAUUUGGCCUCUCAUUUGUACAGUGAAAAACAUGAGCCAUUGAGCUGGGAUUUGAGGGUUUAUAUAGCUUUAGAUGUAGCAAGGGGUUUGGAGUAUCUCCAUGAUGGGGCAGUUCCUCCUGUAAUACACAGGGAUAUUAAGUCUUCCAAUAUUCUGUUGGAUCAGUCCAUGAGAGCCAGGGUAGCUGAUUUUGGGCUUUCGAGAGAAGAGAUGGUGGACAAACAUGCGGCUGAUGUAAGGGGUACUUAUGGCUAUCUAGAUCCCGAGUAUAUAUCUUCAAGGGCUUUCACAAAGAAGAGUGAUGUAUACAGCUUUGGAGUUUUGCUCUUUGAACUUAUAGCUGGCAGAAAUCCUCAACAAGGACUUAUGGAAUAUGUGGAGCUUGCUGCAAUGAAUACAGAGGGGAAAGUAGGGUGGGAAGAAAUUGUAGAUUCCCGUCUUGAUGGAAAGUUUGAUGUGCAAGAGCUCAAUGACAUGGCAGCACUUGGAUACAAAUGCAUCAAUCGAAUCCCAAGAAAACGGCCUUCCAUGAGGGACACUGUGCAAGUACUCACAAGAAUUCUUAAAUUGAGGCACAACAGGAGGCAUCCACACCACAAGAAGUCCCUUUCAGCAAUUACAGAUGAAGCAACCAUCGACAUGGACCAACCAGAAACCAGGACUCCAAUCGCGGAUCACCGGCGAGAUGAGUCUGUGGACAGCACAGCUGACUGUGAAGUCUAGAUGUUCUUUGGUCUUUUUCGUUUUGUCAUUUUUUUUUUUUUUUUUUUUUGGUUCCACAUGUUCAUUUGUUUUCAUUUCUUGGUUUUUGAGCUUUGCUUUUAUUUUUUUUUUGGGGAUACAUGUGCAGUCUAAGACGACCUAGAGGGCUUGUAGAUUUGUUAGUUAUGGUUUUUGCUUAAGUGACAUAGGGAUUCAGAUCAAGUGGUCCUUGUUAACUUUCUGUAACAUAGUGUUCCAUGUGAUGCUGAAGUGACAGAAACCAGAUUUUGUAUAUGGAUACUUUUCAUACUCAAACGAAGAUCACCUUUUUUUUUUU